AGGGUCCCUGCCCGGAGCCGCCCAGCUCCUGCAGUGCAGGACAGGAGGCGCACACGGCAGAGGCAGGUAAAGCGCUCCGGGGUCCUGGCUCUCCUCCUCUUCUCCUGCUCGCUCUCCCUUUCCAGCCCGCACCACUUGCGGGUUCCCCCACUGCAUGUGGUGCUUCUUCUCAGAGGCUGGGUGUGAAGGGGAAGGUGGGCACCGGCAGUGCAAGAGCUUAUCAGAGAGAGUUGUGAUUGUAAAGUCAGCCUUCUGGUUAUCGAGCUUCAGAUAAGGCAGCGGCUGCUUGGAGUGAGUGAUAAAAUGUCUAGGAUUUCUGUACGUGGAAGGGUGGCUGUUCUGGGAGUGAGAGGAGAAGGCGGUCUGGGAGCUUCUCAUAAGCGGGGCGUCCUGCAAGGGUGACUUGUCAGAGACCUCAUCACAGCAUAUGCAAGGAACGGGCUCUGGGGAAUUGCUGGAUGGGAUCUGCAGGAGAUCCCCACAGCGUGAUUGGGACUGUCUGGAAGUUGCUGUGAGCUGCAAACCGAUCUGUUUCACUCAAGAAAUUAACUACUUCAUCCCACAGAUUGUCUUGCCUAGCAGGGCUGUUUCACAGCGGACCUUUUUGUGCGCCUGCUGAUUGUCGCUUGAGUUAGUCAGGAUGAAAAAGCACUUUUCUUAGCAUUUAAUCUCCUUAUAUGUUACGUUUGCAUGCUUUAAUUAAAAUACACUCCCUGAUCAAAGUGAAUGAAUUGGAAAAAACAAAUCGAGACUGACAUUGGAAGCAUCAUUUAACCUGUGCCGAGUAAUCAAACCUUACUGCAAAAUUGUUAGGGCACAGGCAGAAACAAACACAAGUAAGUUCAUUGUCUAAGAAACCAGAUACAUCUGAAUGAGAGACAUUUACUGUGGUGCUCCCAAAAGAGUAGCUGAAAGGGGUUUCAGUGUGUGUAAGAGCAGGACAGAGGUAAUAGCUUCUUAAAGUCUAAUGUUUAAAUUUUUCAUCAUCUGUUAGUUGUAGUCACUUUUAUUACAAGACUGAAGUUAAGUAUUUGCAAUACACUGAAGGCUGGAGCUUGUUGAAAGAUAUUUUCAUAAAAGAGUACCUUGGUACUUGAGAUUAAACAGUCCAAGAAAGGUGUCAUUUAUCAAAUAUUCAGAUCUGUAACUCAAGCUGUGACAGAGAACUUUGGGGGGAAGAAAGAGAGAGUGAGCACAGAAUUCAGCAACAAAAAGAAAUGCAGAAAUUCAGUGUCUUGCAAAUAAACCUUUGAAAUGAGGGAAAGGGAGACAAAACCUAACCAAGUCUCUUUAUGGUCAGAGACAAUUAUUUGGCCAAUGGGACCCUCCAUGGCAUUUGGUAAAUCAGGGGCUAAUCCCAGUAUAAGAAGCUGCAAUCUGUAGAUCAAGGCAUCAUCUAAUAUCUCAGAUUAAUUGGUUGUUUUACCUGUGGGGGUGGUGUCACUCAGGAUGAGCAAAGGGUCAAGCUGAGGGUGCAGAGACAGAAAAUCCUCUCUGCAGUGUGGAUUGGAGCAGCUGAUGGCCCUCAGAGCUGUGGAGGGGACAUGGCUGCAGAAACUCCUAUGUGAGUGAAACCUGCCCAGUCUUUGCUUCCUUUCCACCCAAUACCAAAAAUCAUAAUUUGAGUUGCAUUACUUCUGUGUGCAUCCUUGUCCUCCAAAAACUAGACCAAAAGCAACACAUUCAUUUUGUUUUGGACAACUGUGAGACAAUUUUUUCUGGUGGCAAUCAGUGACAGCCUAGUGAAAAGCUCUGGGUAUACCAUUACUGCCCUUCCAGACAAUUUAUCUUUCAGAGGUCUUUAUGCUGCAUAGCAUAGGGCAGCAGGGAUAGCAAGAGCUACCAAAACAUCUCUUUCCACACAAUCUGUCCAAGGUGGUGGUGAAACAUUGAUGGGACACUUCUUGUGAGUACACAAACCUCGGCUUUGAUCUGUCCAGGUGAAGUAACAUGGUGUAUUUCCCAAAUGUGUGACUUUCUUUCAGAAGAGUGUAAGGAUGUUUUCUCCCUUUUUUCCAAGUGUGGCAGCAGGGAAGGGGAGCGCUCCUUCCCCCUCCCUGUCUGGAGCACCCUGCAGGGACAUGGGACCAGGGCCAGGCUGUCCUACCCCUGAGUUCAGAGAUCUGCAAAUGGAGGGUCCCAGACCAAGUCUGCAAUGAUCCUGCAGGCAGUUUAACCAGCUAGGAGAAUCUUAGGGUUUGUUUGAAGCUUCUUUAUUACUUCCUUUUUCAUUCAAUUUAUCUUCUUUUUUAUCUGAUUUUAAAAGGAUAUUUUUUGCCUGUUUUAACAAAACUGCACUGAAGUCAUAUUGAGGUGCAGUGUAACUUGGUAAAUAAAUGGUGCUACAAGGAAGAAAAUUAAAUGACCCACUUGCUUUAGGCAGAUAUAGCUGGAGAUACAGGGAGUGUACAUGCACUCUUGGUGGACUUGUGUUAGCAUAAAUUGUAUCUCUAUCCUAGAAAAAGAUCUAAAUUAAGAGUUUGGGAACAAGAAGCUUUGGAUUGUUCUGAUCUCUAUCUGUACUCCAUAGUAUAGGCUGUCUCUGAUUUAUAGCUCUGAAAGUUUGUGGUGAAUAUUGCCUUUUGACUCUGUUCUUCCUAUUUGCCUUUUCAAUUCAAGUAUCUUUUUAUUCUAAAAAACACCAGAAGAAAUGUCCAGACUUUUGAAGAUGUGUUUCUUGUUGAUAUCAAUGAAUCAUGCUGAGAUUACUUCCAGUCAGAACUCUGAAGAUCUGCCUCCAUUGUUACACAGAGCUGUGGAGGAAGUAAUAGCUGGGAAAUAUCUGAAUGCCCUCCUAGAUAUACUUUAUUUUCAAAGCUCUAAUGUCUGGACAGCAGAUCUGCUUACAAAAGUCAUUGCAUAUUUUCAUGCCCAGGAAGUUAUGUUUACUGUUAGCAGCCUCCAGGUGUCCAUAAAAAGUUACCUGAAGAACCUUUUAUAUCAGCCCAGGCAGCUACUGUCUGAAAUGCAACACCUUGAUCAGCAGCAGUUCCAGACUGCAAUGAAGUACCUCUUCAACAGCAAAAAGGAGCAUCUUGAAAUUGGAAAUAUUAUUCUUGAUUGGGGCAAGACUAGAGAGAGAAUUUUUCAAAGCCCGGGAGUAAAUAGGACCUUGUUUCUUGUCACACUGGAUAAAUGCUUCCUGGCUCUGAGUGCCCUGGACUGUGUGGAUAUCCUGAGUCAGAUUCUGCGUGUGUCAGCAGUGAACUAUCUCCAACCUGAUGUCAUAGGGAAUCUCCCAAACCUUCUGCUGGAGGAUGCUUUCAGAAAUUUAUCAUCAUUAUUCAAGGACCUCUAUGACAGAACUUCAGCAAGCACUCAGAGAGCUCUCUAUGGCUGGAUGAAGCAGAUUCUACAGAAAUCUUACAACAUGAGUGAGUUCAAUGAAUCAACUUCUUGGGUCACUGCUGAAAGCUUAUGGAUUUUGGGAAGAUACAUGAUCCAUCUCCCAUUGGAAGAAAUAUUGAAAAUUAGUCUCAAUGAAAUCAGACUGUUCAUUAGCUACGACAAUGCAACAAAGCAGUUGGACACAGUGUAUGAUAUCACACCAGAGCUUGCACAGGCCCUCCUGGAAAGGAUAAACUCAUCAGGAUUUGAUAUGAGGAACACUUCAACUAUCUACAGGCUGGGUUUGUUGGUUUGCUUUUAUGAUGACCUGGAACAGAUGGAUGCAGCUGUGGCCCGGGCUCUACUUCAUCAAAUGAUUAAAUGCAAUCAGCUGAGAGGUUUCCAGGCUGAGGUUCAUGAGCUCAAAUCUCAACUCCUGAACAUUGCCAUGCAAAACCAGACAUUGAAUGAUACCCUUGGAUCUCUGUCAGAUGCUGUGGUUGGACUCACUUCAAGUCAGCUGGAAUCUCUGUCACCUGAAGCAGUGCAUAAUGCUGUUGCAACAUUAAACCAAGUCUCUGGGUGGGCAAAAAGCCAAGUUAUGAUUUUAUCCAGUAAAUAUCUCUCUUAUGAAAAGGUUUUAUCAUUUUAUAACGUUAGCCAAAUGGGUGCCUUGGUGACAGGAAUUGGCACCCGGUCACUCCACAGCAUGAGCCCCAGGGAGCUGGCUCAGAUUAUUCGAGGCACAACGUCCCAGUACUUGUCUGACUUAUCUCCUGCACAGCAGCAGGGCAUCCUCAGGAAGGUAGCUGCAUCUGGAGAUUUUUCUUCAUCAGUCAAAGAUAUACAAGGAUCUUUCUUUAAAGAAGUCUCUCUUUCUGGUUUAUGGAAGCAAACUGGAUUUAAUUCUUCAAUGCUGAAAGAAAAAGAACUAAGAAGCAGCCAGGCUUUGUAUCUGUAUGAAUUAGUGUCCAAGGAAAACUAUCCCGUUGACCUUCUAAGCACAGGACAGCUUGUGAAAGGACUAACUUGUCAACUCAUUGAAAUGAUGGACACAGACAUAUUUUUAAACAAUUUUAAAUUAUUUGAAAUGAAUCUUCAUCUGCUUUCUCCAUAUCAGGUUAAUUGUUUGGCCUGGAAAUUUUGGAAAGUCUCCAAUGCAUCCAUUCCUCCCUUCCUCUUACUGGCCCUUCCUUCUGAGUACCUGGAGUACGUUACAGGUCCUUUGUGUGUCCCUUUCCUUGAACGUCUGGGGAAGACUGGAAUGGACCUUCUGAACCCAAGCCAUCACAAAAGGGAUGCUGUUCUGCAAAAAGUACAGGAGUGCUUGAACAGCUCCAUUGCUGAUGAAUAUGAUGUUGACCUCCUUGGAAAUCUAAUCUGCCACUUACCUCCAGACUUUCUACAUGACAGAAUGUCCCUGAAGGCAAUGGCAGCAGCCCUGCAUCAAUUCAAACUUUGCCAACAGCUCAGCCAUGAGCAGAAGAGUGAAAUUAAAUACAAACUCCUUCAGUUAUAUGGCUCCUCAAACAACUGGACAGCAGAAACAACAUUAGAUGUUGGACCAUUCAUAGCUCUGCUGUCAAAAGAGGAAUUAAAUGUCCUCGCUGAGAAGUUCCUAGAUACCAUUUUACAAAUAGCAAAGACAAUUGGAGCAGUUUCUUCAGCUGAAGAGCUUCUAUCAACUGUGUUCGAGUCAGUCUCCAACAGCACUGGCAGCAUCCACUCAUCCCUCAGCAGAGCUGAUUGUCUGAGAACCAGAGCUCCUUCUUCAAAUGAAAUAAUUAAAUUAGGAGAAGCAAAUGUCUUUUGGUCAGUUCAGGAACUGAAAUGCAUGGACCCAGGGACUUUUGACAAAAAUGUGGAGCUUCUUGGGGCUGUCUCAGGUUUUAACAGCUCCCAGCUGACUGCCUUGAAGGAAAAAGCCAAGCAGGUUUGGGGGUUGCUGCCAGACUGGAGGAGUUACCAAAUCAUCUCCCUGGGCCGCAUUGCUCUGGCUCUCACUGAGCAGGAAAUCAUAGAGCUGGACCUGCAUUCCAUCGACACCGUUUCUGUUCUUAGUCAGCAAACAGAGUGGACUCUUACCCAGGCAAGAGCUAUUUUGCAAUGUUUUCUAGAUGACUCUGGCCAGACCAUCAGCACAUUAAAAAGUUUUGAUCUAGUUGGAUUAGGAGCUGUUCUCUGUGCUUUGAACUCCACAGAAAUCACAUCCAUAAGGACUUCUGAAUUCAGUGCUGCAGUUGCAAGAAUUGGCCUGCUGUUUUGUAGCACCCCUGUUCUGAGGGAAUUUAAGAAGAUGACAGAAUCCGUGUUUGGUGCUGCUACCAGCUGGAAUGGCUCUGUUUUACAGGAAAUUGGUACUAUAGCAGGUGGUUUGAAUGAGGAUGAAUUAAAAGCUUUUGAUAAAAGCUUGAUGCCAUAUCUCCAGCCAUCAGCAGUAAGACAUAUACCUCCUGAAAUUUUCCAAGCUUUGUCCCCAGAACAAAUAGCAAACCUGGGCCCUGAGAACGCCGCCAUGGUUACAGGAUUGCAGCGGGAGCAUCUGGAUGCAUCACAGCUCCAGAGCCUGGGGCUGGCACUGGAUGGAGCCAGGACCAGCAGCCCAGGGACACAGAGCACUGUAGCAUCCCCCCAGGAGGGGCAAACCCCAGCUCCCAGCGGUGCUCCUUGUUUGAGUGGCUUUGGCAUCUGGCUGUGUGCUGUGUUUACACUGCACCUGCUCUUCUGAACCCUCAAAGUUUGAGUUUGAGUGUCCUGGAGCUUACAACUGUGAUGCUAGAGAUAAAAGAGUGUCAGCUCAGCAUGAACAGUAGAAUCAAGAGGCUCUGAGAUUUCUAAGCACAGAGUGGUUAAAUUCUUACAAGCAAGGUCUCCAUCUGCCAUCACGAUGAGAACUAUCUCCUUUCCAUAGCUUUACCAUUAACAAGCUACACAGUAUCCCUGCAAAUACUUCAAGUUUAAAAACUGGAAGUGGCUUAUCUGUCUCAUGAGAAAAUCACUGAAAUAUAGAACUGUGUGUUAGGUAGGAACUUGAAUUAUUGGGGGGACAGGUAGCAGGGGACUGUUAUUUGGAGGCUGAUGUCUGUUACCUAGUGCUUUUUACAUGGGCUAAUUUGGUCACACUAUUGUGUCCUUUUGUUGGGUUUUCUUUUACUUCAAGUGUACAUUCCCUGGAGAGGCACUAUCCUUUUGUGUGGUGUAGUAGAAACUGCACUAAAAGUUACUGCUGUUGCAAUAAAAUAGCUUCAUCUCCGGGCUGCUGGUUUAAAUCCUGCUCAGACAAGAAGUGAUAACAGGCUCUUAGAAUUUAAGCACCUCUACAAAACGUAGUUUCCCCAUGGCUGUUUGUACUCAGUACCAAACUGUUGACACUGAGGGCAUUGGCAAUACUUUGAGUAUUUCAUGUGACAAAAUGCAACAUGGAAACCUGCUUAUGUUCAUCAAGAGACAGUCCUUUCACUCCAGAUGGGGUUUAAGUGUACACCUGGGAAUCCUGAGGGGAAUUGUUCACUGUGCCUAUGCACUACUAGGACUGUCAAUCCUGUAUUUUCCACAAGACCUAGAAUAAGGAAUUUCUCAUAAUUAUAAAUCACAGAUAUUUUCAUGUGUUUUAUCAGCAUCUGACUUAAGUCUUUAAUAUUAGCCUCUCAUGCCACACCUCAAUAUUUUAAACAAUGGGGGAAAAAGAUAUAUUAAAAACACUCUGCAUGUGAA